UAGGCGCUGAGUGUUUUUGAUAAAAUGCCCACAUAUUUGAAUUAUCAUAAAAUAAUUUAAAUUAAUUUUCUUAAACGAUGAUAAGCUGUAAUUUUAAUUAUCAUUUAGAAUCAUUUCAUACUGUUUUGAAUAAUCGAGGACAAGUUGCCAUUGAUUAAUAUUGCAGUUAAAUUGUUCUUAUCUUGAAUAUUUUUGAUCAGUUAAUGGUGUCAGUUAACAAUGCCUAGAAAAGCAUCUACAGAGAAAGCAGCACCCAAACCUAAACCAAGACCAAAGAAGGCCAAUGGCUAUAAAUUUCCUGAAAAACUUCCCACUGGUGAAUUACUGAAGGACAGAGCUAAAAAAGAAUGGGUGUUAGGACAUUCUAUCGGACAGGGUGGAUUUGGUGAAAUAUAUUGUGCAUCCUCAAACACAAGCUCUUGUAAUAGUAGCCAGACUCAUCCUUAUGUUGUGAAAAUUGAACCUCAUGAAAAUGGACCCUUAUUUGUCGAGAAGAAUUUUUAUAUUAAAAUUGCUAAACCAGAUGAUAUUCAAAAGUGGAAAAAUGAAAAGGGUUUAAAAAUUCUUGGGAUUCCUACUUUCUACGGUUCCGGUUCUCAUGACUUCAAAAAUGAAAAAUACAGGUUUUUAGUUAUUCAAAGGUAUGGAGCUGAUCUGUGGAGUCUGUUUUUGAAAAAUAAAAGACUAUUUCCUGCAGGUGCUGUUUACAGAUGCGCCGUUCAGAUUAUUGAUAUAUUACAUUACAUUCACGACAAUGGUUAUGUGCACGGAGAUAUUAAGGGAGCAAAUUUAUUAUUAGGGUUGGAGAAAGGAACUGAAGAUCAUAUAUUUCUUGUCGAUUUUGGAUUAUCUUGUAAAUAUCAUGUUGGAGAGUUUAAGAGAGAUCCGAAAAAAGCUCACAAUGGUACAAUAGAAUACACAAGUCAAGAUUGGCAUUUAGGAGUGCCUACUCGACGCGGGGACUUGGAAAUUCUUGGUUUCAAUUUACUUCAGUGGCUGGGUUCAACUUUACCCUGGGAAAAAGAUUUGAAAAAUGCUGAAAAAGUUUAUGAAAAGAAAAAGGAACUGAUGUCUAAUGUCAAGAGUUAUUUGUCGAAAAAUUAUCCACAAAUUCCUAAAGUUAUAGCGGAGUAUUUGCAUUACGUUGGAAAAUUGAAAUAUGAUGAAACUCCUGAUUACAAAUACUGUAAAGAAUUGUUUCUUAAAGAGUUAAAAUCAUUACCAAAUUCAAAGGGGAAACUGGAUUUUAGUUUAGUAAACGAUGAGAACCAAACUCCUAAAAAGGGUAGAGGUAAAAGAAAGACUAUAGAGGUAGAGGUAAAUGAAAAAUCCGAAUCAGAAGAAGAAGUAUCUGUGCCUAAGAGAGCCCGAUCGAAAGCUAUCAAAGACAAAACAAAUUCAUUGGCAGCCGACGAUGACGCCAGUCCUAGCAAACCGAAACCGGUCAGAAAAACUAAGAAGGUUAAAGAUAGCACGCCUAAACCCAGUUGGAGAGAUGCGCCAACGGUACAAGCUAGUAAUAUCAACAACAAAGCUGGCGAGUAUGUUAAGAAAGAUGAACCUGUUAAAAGGAAAAGAGCUGCCAAGUGAUUGUCAACUACAUGUUUUUGGAUGUAUAUGUAUAUUUACACAGAGAACAAUGCAUGUUUCUCGAUAUAUGUAUAUAUUUAUAAAACAACCUUGUAUAUAACCUAUAUUUAUAUUGUUUUUAGCAAUUACCUUCCUCUGUCAGUAUUUCUUAACUUUAACCAUUUUAUGAUUGUUUAGCUUUUCAUUGUGUUUAUAAUACACACUUUUCACUUAAAUUUAGAUAUAUAUUUUUUUAAUUUUGUUAUAAAUCUUAAUCAUUUUUUGUUAUUGUUCUUAUUAUUAAGACUGAUUUGCCUGUUAAAAUUCAUGUUAUCACUUAAUAUUAAUGUUUUCAUUCAAUUUU